AUGUCAAGCAGUCCUCGAGUCCCUCCUCCAGUUACAAUUUCUCGAGCCAGUCAUGUCGGUGCAUUUGACAAUGCAGAAACACAUUCCAUCAACCCUAAUGAUUUUAAUCUUCUUAACAUAAGUGAAGCAGAUAAACAAGCAGAUGAUCCUGGUGCCGCUCUGACAGGCGUUAUUGAAACUACAGAUUGUGUCCAAGACUACGCGCAUCCAGAAAAUCCAAAUUUGACAUUUUAUGAUUUACCGGGCGUUGGCACUCCAAAUUUUCCGCAAGCUACCUAUUUGGAAAAAGUUAAUUACAAGCAAUAUGAUUUUUUUAUUAUUGUUAGUUGUAAACAUUUUACUGAAAAUGAUACGUGGCUAGCAAAAGAAGUAAAAAAGCAUGGUAAAUCAGUCUUCUUUGUGCGAACGCAUGUUGAUCAAGAUCUAGCGAAUGAAAGACGAGAUCGUCCAUCAACGUAUGAUGAAACGAAAGUUUUAGAUAGAAUAAGAAAAAAUUGUCUGGACAGUAUACAAGCAACCGAUGCCAGAGCAAAAGUUUUCGUGAUUUGUGGCCUGUUGAGUCAAACAACAAAAUUUGAUUAUGGACAGAUGGUUGAAACACUGCUGAGAGAAUAUCCACCCUAUAAACGACAAGCUAUGAUAUUGACUAUGACAAUGAAUUGCAAAGGUAGGGCCUAG